AUGAUUCAACGAAGCGUUUUUUUUGCAGGCAUCUUCGAGCGAACUCCAGCUCAUCUACUUCACGAAGUAAUCCUCUAUGAAGAUGCCAGCGAAGAAGAGCACAAACUCUCUGACUACCUCAAGAAGUUUGCCCUGACGAGUGGCUGGAAUGAUAAAAUCAGAAUAGAAAGGAGCGAAGAGCGUCAAGGUCUCAUUAGAGCUAAGACCCUGGCGUCACGGCUCGCCACCAGUGAGGUUAUCGUCUUUAUGGACAGCCAUUGUGAAGUCACAGAACGUUGGCUAGAACCACUGCUGGAUGCGAUUGCGGAGAACCCGAAAAGCGUAGUGUUACCAGUUGUCGAUCGUAUUCAUCCGUUGACGUUCGAAUACACGAAAGCGAUGAUCUCAAAGAGUGGUUUCGAUUGGUCGCUGACCUUUCAAAUGGCUCUACAUACCAUGGGAAUACUUCGACAUCAAAGAGAACAACGUGAAACCGAUCGAACGUGGAUGUGCGGUGGUCGUGUGGUGGUGGCGCCAUGCAGUCAUAUUGGGCACGUUUUCCGAAUGAUGCGGCCUUACAAGGGCAAAGACAACACGGAUCUCUACAAUUCACUUCGUGUAGCAAAGACAUGGCUUGGGAAGUAUGAGAAAUACUUCAUGAAAGCACGACCAUCGGCAGCAAAGAUGGAUUUCGGAGACGUAAGCGCUGGUCUAGAACUGAAGAAACGGCUCAAUUGCAAGGAUAUGGACUGGUAUUUGGAAAAUGUGUACCCAGACUUGAAAGUUGUCAGCAGACCAGAAGGAACGUGA